AUGGCAGUUGAGCACCAAGGUCGACAAAUGGCAGCUGAACUGUUCGUUGCGGAAUGUUCGGGACCAGCACUUUGUGGCCAUGAUGUGAUUCUGGGACUGGGUCUCAUGCACGACAUUCAGGUGGGAGCAGUCCUAGGCUCGACCGAAGAUACCUCUGCAACUAUAAUGGAGCUCAAGGCAGACUUCAAAGAUUUGUUCCAGCCAGGUACAGGUCUGAUGAGAGGGCCACCAGUCAACAUUGCCCUUAAGAAGGAUGCUAACCCCAGAUUCCUGAAAGCUCGCUCACUCCCAUAUGCACUCCGCAAUGAGGUUGCGGCAGAACUGGAACGCAUGUGCCAACAAGGGAUUUUGACCCCCAUCAGCCGCAGCAAGUGGGCAACACCUAUUGUCCCUGUUGUGAAGCCAGACGAAACACUGAGAAUCUGUGGAGACUUCAAGGUCUCAGUCAACCCUGCAUGUGACAUUGACAAGUAUCCUCUUCCCAAGGUUGAAGACAUCUUUGCAUCAUUGAAAGGAGACUACUGGUUCUCCAAAUUGGAUCUUCGUGAAGCAUACUGUCACAUAUCGUUGAAGCCUGAAGAUAGCUAUGGAAAGAUGGUGAGAAGAGUGCUACAGGUCUUCCGUGAAAAUGGAAUUCAACUGCGGGAGGACAAGUGCGUUUUUGGCGCAAGGGAGGUGACCUACCUUGGACAUCGUAUUGACCGGGAGGACUUGCAUCCAUCAGAAAGAAAAAUGGAAGCCAUCAUGCAAGCUCCUGCACCUCAGAAUGUCCAGGAACUUAGGUCGUUCCUAGGGUUGAUCACCUACUACCGCAGUUUCCUUCCAAACAUGUCAACUGUUCUGGCACCACUGUACCAACUUCUUUAG